GUGACUUAACGUGCUUAAACGUUUCCAAGAUGGCAAUAUGUGUCGCUGAUAUAUAAUAGCUCGAUUGUGAAAAUUUGAGUGAAAAUAUUUGUUUUUCUGUGAAUUUUCCGAACAAUCGAGGAGAGAGGAGAUCGCAGAAAAUGCCGCUACCGAUUCAGGUUAUGCUCUUUCAGCAAAAUGCCGUUGAGCCCAUGCAAGUCGAUGCACCUACAGAGGAUAACGAUAAUACUGAAGAAGAGCCGUAUAUCGUGGAGAAUCCCACAUUGGACCUAGAGGUCUAUGCUAAUAGUUACAACGGGCUGGCUAAAUUAUAUAGACUUAUUUAUAUAGCAGAUCAUUGUCCAAUGCUAAGAUUGGAGGCCUUAAAAAUGGCAAUCACUUAUGUGAUGACCACAUACAAUGUAUCACUAUAUCAGAUACUACACAAAAAGCUAUUGCAAACUGUUGGCACCCCAGGCUUGCCAGAUAUUGCUGCUCAAUCUACAUCUCAGGACAUACCAACUAUAGAUCAAAUGUGGGUAGAAACACGAUCUAAGAAAGCUGCUUUAAAACUAGAGAAGUUUGACACCGAUUUGAAAAACUAUAAAAGCAAUUCUAUCAAAGAAAGUAUAAGGAGAGGUCACGAUGAUCUGGGUGAUCACUAUUUGGAUUGUGGCGACCUGAGCAAUGCUCUCAAAUGUUAUUCAAGAGCCCGUGACUAUUGCACAAGUGGCAAGCACGUAGUUAACAUGUGCCUUAAUGUAAUAAAGGUCUCUGUGUAUCUUCAAAACUGGUCGCACGUACUUUGCUACGUGAGUAAAGCUGAAAGCACGCCCGACUUCCCAGACGUUCAUGGCAAAGAUAACAAUCAGUCAAUAAUAACAAAGCUCCAAGUAGCAGCAGGAUUAGCAAAGUUGGCAACAAAGAGAUACAAAAUGGCUGCAAAGCAUUUUUUACAAGCUUCCUUAGACCAUUGUGACUGCCCAGAACUUCUCUCGCCAGGGAAUAUUGCCUUGUACGGUGGACUUUGUGCUCUGGCAACUUUCGAUAGACACGAAUUGCAAAAACAAGUUAUAUUUAGUAGCUCAUUCAAAUUAUUUCUUGAACUGGAACCCCAGCUCAGAGAUAUUAUCUUCAAGUUCUACGAAUCUAAGUACGCUUCCUGCUUGAAAUUGCUGGAUGAAAUAAAAGACAACAUACUCCUGGAUAUGUACAUAGCGCCACACGUUAAUUUGCUUUACACACAGAUACGAAACAGAGCUUUGAUCCAAUAUUUUAGUCCCUAUUUAAGCGCUGAUAUGCGACGAAUGGCGACUGCCUUUAAUAGAACAGUUUCGGCCCUGGAGGACGAGCUAAUGCAAUUAAUACUCGACGGACAGAUUCAAGCUCGCAUCGAUUCGCACAAUAAGAUUCUUUAUGCCAAAGAUGUGGAUCAACGUAGCACAACCUUUGAGAAAUCGAUCAGCGUAGGCAAGGAGUAUCAAAGACGUACUCGCAUGUUAAUCUUAAGAGCAGCCAUGCUCAAACAUCAAAUUCAUGUAAAGAGUCCACAGCGUGACAACACACAAGGUGGUGAGAUGUCGGUGGCACCAGGUAAUAGCAGUUUAGCACCAAGAAAUUAAUUUAAAAAACCGGCAAAUCCAUCGGCUAAGACAGCAAUUCUACGAAUCUAAUUGACCCGCACUCAUUGCCAAAGGCAUCUGUUAUGUAAAGUAAUAUCUUUGCUAUUGUGUUCCGUUGUUUAUAAUACUUUCUUUACUUUUUCUUAUUGCAUAUACCCAAUGUACAUAUAAUAAGGCCCUACCAAUAAAUCCCCGACAACUAGUGCCCAAUCGAUAUUCUAUAAUAAAAAAAAAAGUAAUUUCUGCUUCUAACAA